UGCCACACACAAGACUGCCUCUGUCCCCUGGACACACUGACCCCUCUGUCACCAUCAGGAUGUGUGAGUGACCCCUCUGCCAUGGCACCAUGCCUAUAACACACCGGUGUGCCCACACCCGGCUCAGCUGCAAGUUGCAGGCAUUGUCUGGCUCACACAACAACUGUUACAGACAACAAAGACACAUUUUCCUGGCUGCGCUCUGCAUGCCGCCUAGACCCACCUGUGCCAUUUCAAUGACAAUGGCACAGCUAUAGCCUUGCUCCUGCAGAAGUGGGUCACCUGGGCUACUGUCUCACUAUGUCUAGGCACCACCAGUCUGCCACUCCUCCUUGCUGUCCCCAUGUCUCCCUGUAAAAACAGACACACUACCCCCCUCUCCUUCCACAGACACAGGGCUUGCUGCUCCCUCCCAUCCUGGACUCAGCUUAUUAGAAAGUUAUCCUGUCCCACAGCCAGGGGCGGGAGGGAGGAGGACAGGGGAGGAAAACCCUGGCACGUCAGACAUCAUUUCUCUGGAGGCUAUGCCCACUGGAUACCUUCAUCUCUCUCCCUCUGCAGUGCCAGGGUUGGCAUUGUGACACAGUCACCUGGACACCUCUAGGAACAUGGCCAGGAAAGGGUGCAUAUCACAGGUACAUGCCAGCUGUACUUAUAUUGUAGCCACAUAACCCCUAUACCCAUACUACACACAUACCUGUAUACAUGCUAACCUGCAAAUACACACGUCUUCAGAUACACAUGCCAGCCUGUGUUAGUCCAACAUAUGCAUGCGACAUGCUUACAAAAAUGCACCCCAAACACGCACACAUUAUGCACAUAUAAGAAUGGUAUGUUGGCGCCCACAUUAUUUUUUUAGUAAAAGGCUCUACAUUAGGGACAUAUGACAAAAGUCACAUACCGCAUGCAUACACUAUAAAAAAAAAAAAAGCAUAUACAUAAAAACCAUAACUGUGCGGAGUGUGCCAGGUGCCCGGGCUGACAGGUGAAGGGAGAUGUGGCCAGUCAUUUGGUUUGUGCAGCUCUGCUUGGUGUCGCAAGGUGCCAACCCAAGCCCAGCGAGAGGGCAUUUUGGGAUCUGCCCCAACCAGCUGAAUGCCAACCUGUGGGUGGACGCCCAGAGUACCUGUGAAAGGGAGUGUGAAGCUGAUCAGGAGUGUGAAGUUUUCGAGAAAUGCUGCACAAACGUCUGUGGACAACGAAGCUGCGUGGCCGCCCGAUACCCAGACUCUGGCCUUCAGGCCCCUGGGUCUCUUCAUCCAACUACUUGCUCUGGUUUUAUUUGCACUCAGCAGGGUUCUGACUGUGAAAUGUGGGAAGGUCGCCCCGUUUGCCGCUGUCGCGAAAGAUGUGGAAAGCAACCAGGCUUCACUUGUGCCUCGGAUGGGCUCACUUACUACAAUCGCUGCUACAUGGAUGCUGAAGCUUGUGCUAGGGGUAUAACCUUAGUGGAGGUGCCCUGCAAAUUUGUGUCAUCCUGGCCAGCCACCACUGCAGCCCCUUCUGAGACUACCCCCCAGACCACCCAGCCUUCCACGCCUCUGGAAAUGCCCAUGCCUCCUGCAUUGUACCAUUCACCCUCACCACAGUCAGUUAUAAUCGGUGGUACUGUAGGGCUGCAAUGUGAAUCCAGUGGACGCCCACGUCCAGAAAUCCUAUGGGAGAAGCAAGGAGAUGGUCCCUCAGCUCCAUUGAUGAGGCCAGACCAGAUGUAUGGAAAUCUUGUUGUAACCAAUUCUGGCCAGCUGGUCAUCUACAAUGCUCGUCCAGAGGAUGCUGGCAUUUAUGUCUGCAUGGCCCGCAACUCUGCAGGACUGCUGCGUGCUCAGUUCCCUCUUUCUGUUGUGAAGAAAGGGACCACCACAGCAAGUUCAGGACACCAGCGGCUAGUCCAUCCCUCUGAAUGCCCAAAGCUCCCAGAACUCAGAGAAUGUCUAGGUCCUCAAGCCCUACGCUGGUUCUACGACUUGCAAAGUGGUGACUGUCAAACUUUUCUUUAUAAAGGGUGUCCAGGUCCUGCUAACAACUUUCACACCUAUGAAGAGUGUCGUGCAUCAUGCCAAACUCGACCACCAGAUCACUGUUCCUUGCCACCUGUAAGAGGUCCAUGUAAAACUCCAGAAUGGAGGUGGGCCUACAGCCCUCUCAUGCGCCAGUGCUUCUCUUUCAUUUAUGGUGGCUGCCGUGGAAAUCAGAAUAAUUUUGAAAGCAGGCAAGCCUGUGAAGAUCGUUGCCCUCUGCCACGAGCCAAGCAAUGCCAAGGGUGUCACCUUCGAGGAAGGCUGGUGCCCAGUUUGUGCCGAAGUGACUUUGUGAUUGUGGGAAGGCUGGAAGAUUCAGGGGAAGAACGAGUGCUCCGUGUUCUUCUCAUAGAGGUGCUAAAAGAUGACCACAUGGGUCUUCAUCUUUUCCAUACCGAGUAUCUAGAGGUCACCAUGGGAGAGGGAGGAGGAGGAGGGGGGUGUCCAUGCACCAAUCUUGCAGGUUUGGGGGACAAUCCACUUUUGAUUAUGGGGGAAGUACAAGAUGGCAUGGCUUUAUUGGGACCCUCUAGCUAUGUCCGGCCAGCCAGUGAGAAGAGACUGAGGAAAGUCAGAGACAUGCUUGAUAAAGGGACUUGUCAGAUGCUGAACCGAUUUCAGGACUGAACUAGACUUCCGACAUUUAAGGACUACAUUUUAAAACAUAAUUUUUUUUAUAGGAGAAACAGACACUGGUUUUUAUCUUGAGUCAGCUGUUGUAAGUUAAUGACACGCGUCUGUAAGGAUGGUCCCCAACCAGGAACCCUUGAGAUACAUGAGGCUCUUGGCUACUUUUGAAGUUUCUUAAAGCAAACUCUUCAUUGGUGCUCAUUACCUUUUUUUUUUUUAAGAACAUGUACUGUAUUAUAUACUAGCAAUGCCCGCCAAGGCCAGAUGCCAGUCCAACCAUUGGAAGCCUUCUGGAAUAAAAAAUGAUUUUUAUACCAUAAUUCUGCUGUAGAAGAACCUUUGAGCACCUCUACGUUUUGUGCACAGACCUCAUAAGAGAUUUGUGCCCUCACCUGGCAUUAACGUACUAUGAUAUUAGCUGGACAGAAAAUUCUGCCAUAUAAUGAGAUUCACGCAGAAGAGCUGGACGCGUCUCAAAUGGCGUGGAAACUGUGCCGUUGAAAUUUCUUAUGUAGGGGGUCCCACACCAGAGGCCUGUAAGCCAGAUAUGUCAAGGCCAGCACUUACCAUAACAAUGAAUUGAAGCUGCCUAUGUUAAA